AUGUCGGAGGGAGGAGACGGGGUCGGCACACCGGAAAGCUUGGAUUCUGAAUGCGAGGAAGCCAGGGAUCCACACGUCACGAUGGCGACCACGGUACAAAUAACAACCCCAGAAACAUUUGACUUCUCUCAUCCUGCUGAAUGGCCAAAGUGGAUCAGAAGGUUCGAAAGAUUUCGCAUUGCAACCGCUCUUGAUAACAAAUCAGACGAGUAUCAGGUUAACUCACUCCUGUACGCUAUGGGAGAUGCUGCUGCUGAUGUUUUGGCAGUUUUACCACUGUGCGAUGCAGAUAAAAAGAAAUAUGCAACUGUCAAAGAGGCAUUUGACAAACAUUACGUAGGAAAACACAACGUAAUUUUUGAAAGAGCACAGUUUAACUCCAGACGGCAACAGGAUGGGGAAGGUACAGAGUCGUUCAUCACUGCUGUGCACAAACUUGCAGAAAAUUGUGCAUUUGGAGCACUCAAAGACGAACUCAUUAGGGACAGAAUUGUGGUUGGCAUUAAAGACAAAAGACUGUCCGAGCAGCUGCAAAUGGACUCAGAGUUGACUCUUGCUAAAGCCAUUGAGAAAGUUAGGCAGAGCGAAAUGGUAAAGAAACAACAAUCAAUACUUCACAGCAGUGCGGCAGUGGAGAAAACACUGAACAUGGACACAACACGGACAAAUACAACAUGUGGGAAAACGCAGACGUGGCAGAAGAAAGAACAAAAGCCAAUCAAGCAAAGUGAAAAGGAAUGUGGCCGCUGUGGUCGCAAGAAAAAACUCUCAUGGAAAGAAUGUCCAGCCAAAGAGGUACAGUGUCGAAAAUGUCAGAAAAAAGGACACUUUGCUGUGGUCUGUCGCAGUAGUGAAGCUGCAGCGCUACGCGAAGUGACAGAAAAACAAAAAGAUACAGACAGCGAGGAUUGUGUGUUCUUGGGAGAAAUAGAGACUGAGAGGUCACAGCCCUGGGUGCAAAAGGUCAAGUUAAAUGGGGAAAAUGUAUAUUUUAAACUCGACACAGGGGCGGAUGUUACGUCUAUUCCAGAGGGUUUGUACAGUCCAGACAGAGAUGGUAAGCUGCAGAGACACAGAAAGAAGUUACUAGGGCCAGGCAGUAGCCCACUCAAUGUUAAAGGCUGCUUCGAGGCACAGCUAGCAGUGAAAGGGCCCAGUGUUUCUCAAGACGUCUACCUUGUGUCAGGUCUAGUUCAGCCACUAUUAAGCAGGCCAGCGUGUGAGGCUCUGGGUCUUGUGUACAGAGUAAGCACAAUAACGGAAUCGGUGACAGAUUUCAGGGCAGCAUACCCACAUGUUUUUAAAGGUUUAGGCAUGCUGAAGGAGCCUUACCACAUUGAGCUAGAGCAAGGAGCUGUACCAAUAGCCCUAUCUGCCCCAAGGCGCAUUCCUCUUCCCCUCAAAGAUGCAGCGAGAAACGAGCUGCACAGAAUGGAAGAAAUGGGAGUUAUCUCCAAAGUCACUGAGCCUACAGAGUGGUGUUCAGGCAUGGUAGUGAUCCCCAGACCAGCAGGAAAGCCCCCCAGAAUAUGUGUGGACCUCACACCCCUGAACACAGUAGUCAAAAGAGAAAGGCACAUCCUCCCAGCAGUAGAUCAAAUACUAGCGAUGAUGAAAGAUGCUAAAGUGUUCACAAAGCUCGAUGCCCGGUCUGGAUUCUGGCAAAUUCCGCUCACGCCAGAGUCAAGGCCACUCACUACCUUCAUCACGCCUUUUGGAAGGUUUCAGUUCAACCGCCUUCCUUUUGGCAUUGCAUCGGCGCCGGAACAUUUUCAAAGGCGUAUGUCACAGAUGCUGGAAGAUUUUGAAGGGGUGAUUUGUCAUGCCGAUGAUGUGCUUGUAUAUGGCAGAGACAGGCAAGAGCACGACCAGAGGUUGCACUGUGUGCUCCAAAAGUUUCAGAAGGAGGGUCUCACUCUGAAUGAGAAGUGUGAGUUUGCUAAAAGUCAAAUAAUCUUUGUGGGACACAAAGUGUCAGCAAAAGGCAUUGAGGCUGAUCCCAACAAGGGCAUGGCCAACUAUCUUGCCAAGUUCAUGCCACAACUAGCCACAAUCACCACACCAUUAAAAGAACUGCUAAAAGACAGAAACGAGUGGAUGUGGGCGGAGCCACAGGAAACAGCAUUUCAGAGACUAAAAGGCAUAUUAAGCUCUCCAGAAGUGCUCGCUCAGUACUCUAACUCAGCAGAUACACGAGUCGCUGCAGAUGCAUCGCCAUACGGUAUCGGGGCUGUUCUCACUCAGAAACAGUCUGACAACUCCUGGCGACCAGUCACAUAUAUCUCAAGAGGUCUCACAGACACAGAGAAACGCUACGCACAGAUAGAAAAGGAGGCUCUCGCUGUAACGUGGGCGUGUGAACGACUGUCAUCUUACCUCAUGGGCCUACAGUUCACUCUAAUCACAGAUCACAAAACCCCUGGUCCCUCUUCUGAGCACAAGAGGCCUGGAUGACCUGCCUCCACGCAUCCUGAGAUUCCGCCUCAGGCUGCUGCGCUUUACUUUCACCAUUGUCCAUGUUCCAGGGAAGAACCUCGUCACCACUGAUGCCCUCUCACGAGCAACGCUGGCGGGGCCUCCUUCUGCUGGGGAUCUUCAGCUGGAAAAAGAGGUGGAGGUUUUCGUGGACUGUGUGGUUUCCCAUCUCCCAGCCACAGAUAAAAGGCUGGAGGAGAUUAAGUUGGCGCAGGAAAUGGAUGACCUGUGUAGAAAGGUGGUGUAUCAAUGUGUUACAGGCUGGCCAGAAAAAGGUAAACUAGAUCCCGAGUUAAAGGGGUACUGGCAAUACAGAAUGGACUUCAGUGUAGUUCAUGGUCUUCUUAUGAAAGGGGAGAGACUUGUGAUACCACCUCAAAUGAGAGCAGAGGUUUUGUC